CUUACUGAGUUAAUGAGAAUGUAUGAGGGUGAGAGAGCGUUGAGAAGAGCAAAGCGCGAACGAGAGAUUUGUACAUUUGUAGCCGUUCCCUUCGAUUGUCGCCUACAGACGUCGACUGAUAAACGUUUUCAUCUGAAACGAGAAGACAGCGGAGUAUGUCUACCAACACAGAGGGAGAAAAGUAGUCCAUAUUGCGCGCUAUUCGUACAAGGGUGUCAGUCAAUGUGUAGUGGGCCACUCCAAGGCAGACACACUCCUCCAAUGUGUCCUUGUCCAGUCCUUGUGUGAUCUGAUCUGGGACCAGUGGGAUAAAUGAGUGGCCUGGCUGAGGAUCGCAGCGUUGGCACACACCACAAAGCCUACACAGUAGGAUGUCGUGGGUCCGAGGCUUCUUCGUAGCCAAAGUGGACGAACGAAAGACCGCGUGGGGGGAGCGCAAUGGCAGAAAGUCCAACAAGCGGAAGAACGGUUGCUCAGGGUCAUCUCUCUGCAAGCCCCGCUGCAUGAGCUGCCUGCGGGACGCUGAGGACCUGGAUCCCACCCCUCCCACCCCCCAGCACUACCACCGUGGAGGAGGGGGAUCCGGCCCCAGCGGAGGGGGUAACUUUGGGAUGCGCUGUGGCUGGCAGGAGGACCACUAUGGGAAACGGACCGGGGCGGCGGGAGACCUGGGGUUGAAGGCCGUGGAUCUGGGGUUCGAUGACGGAGACCUGACAGGGAGGAAAGGUCCAGGGGAGGACGAUUUGGGGGAAGGAAUGGGGGAGGAUGGAGGAACAUGCAAUGCCUUCACAGCCGCGGAGUGCUGGAUGCGCGUUGUACGAGUGUUCCAGUCGAAGAAGUUCACGUCGGCGAAACUGGAACGUCUGUACCAGCGCUACUUCUUCAGGCUCAACCAGAGCUCUCUGACUAUGCUGAUGGGUGUCCUUGUCAUAGUCUGCGGCGUCAUGCUAGCCUUCCACUGUGUCCACGCUCCACCCGACGUAGCCUACGCCUCGGUGCUCUCCGUGGCCAUGGCCCUCUUCCUGUCCAUGAUGGUGGUGUGUAACAGGAACGGCUUCCACCAGGACUACAUGUGGAUCGUCAGCUACUUGGUGAUCGGGGUGCUGCUGGUGGUCCAGGUGUUUGGGGUGUUGAUGGUUGCCCCCCGAAGCGCUUCUGAGGGGAUCUGGUGGUCUGUGUUCUUUAUAUACAUAAUCUAUACGCUGUUGCCAGUGAGGAUGAGAGCUGCAGUGCUGAGUGGAGGGGUACUGUCUACCAUACACCUCAUCACCGCAUGGCAACUCAACCAGGAUGAUGUUUUCCUAUGGAAACAGCUGAGUGCCAACGUGUUGAUCUUCCUAUGCACCAACAUGAUAGGUAUCUGUACCCACUACCCCGCUGAGGUAUCGCAGAGACAGGCCUUUCAGGAGACCAGGGGGUACAUCCAGGCCCGGCUCUACCUACAGAGAGAGAAUCAGCAACAGGAGCGCCUGUUGCUGUCGGUGCUGCCGAGGCACGUUGCCAUGGAGAUGAAGGCAGAUAUCAACGCCAAGAAGGAAGAUAUGAUGUUCCACAAGAUCUACAUCCAGAAACAUGACAACGUCAGUAUACUGUUUGCAGACAUCGAAGGAUUCACCAGCCUGGCAUCACAAUGCACCGCACAAGAGUUGGUCAUGACACUGAAUGAACUUUUCGCUCGCUUCGACAAACUAGCUUCGGAGAACCACUGUCUGAGGAUCAAGAUCCUUGGAGACUGCUACUACUGUGUGUCUGGACUGCCUGAACCCAGGGCCGACCAUGCACACUGCUGUGUGGAGAUGGGAGUGGACAUGAUAGAGGCCAUCUCGCUGGUGAGAGAGGUCACAGGGGUCAAUGUGAACAUGCGUGUGGGUAUCCAUAGCGGCCGGGUCCACUGUGGAGUGCUGGGACUCAGGAAGUGGCAGUUUGACGUAUGGUCCAACGAUGUCACUCUAGCCAAUCACAUGGAGGCAGGGGGUGCGGCAGGGCGUAUCCACAUCACCAAGGCCACCCUACAGUACCUGAAUGGGGACUAUGAGGUGGAACCGGGGUUCGGAGGGGACAGGAAUGCCUAUCUGAAGGAGAACAACAUCGAGACGUUCCUGGUGCUGGGGUGCAGCCAGAAAAGGAAAGAGGAGAAGGCAGCGAUGGCCAAGAGUGCCAUGAUGCAACGGGUACGUGCCAACUCCACUGAGGGCCUGAUGCCACGCUGGGUACCCGACACAAGGUUCUCCAGAACCAAGGACUCCAAGGUCUUCAGGCAGAUGGGUAUCGAUGAAACAUCCAGACAAGACAACCGCUGUGCCCAAGAGGCCCUGAACCCUGAGGAUGAGGUGGAUGAGUUUCUGGGCCGAGCCAUUGACGCCCGCAGCAUAGACCAACUCCGUAAAGACCACGUCAAGAAGUUCCUCCUCACCUUCCAGACUAAAGACCUGGAGAAGAAGUACUCUAAGAAGGUGGAUGAUCGUUUUGGAGGCUACGUGGCCUGUGGUCUGUUAGUCUUCUGCUUCAUUUGUUUCAUCCAGAUCAUCAUUUUCCCCCACACUCCCCUCAUGCUGGGUCUUUACAUCAGCAUCUUCAUCAUCCUCGUCAACAUCCUCUUCAUCUGUGCCAUCUACUCCUGCAUCAAGCUCUUCCCGGCUGCAUUGCAGACGCUGACUAAGAAGAUCGUCCAGUCUCGUACCAAUAGUACCCUGGUGGGGGUCCUCACCAUCAUACUCCUCUUCAUGUCUGCCUUCGUGAACAUGUUCACCUGUGACAGAGAGGGCCUGGUGGACUGUGUGGUGCGUGAGCGUAACCUGUCCUCCAGUUUGGUGACUCUGUGUCUACUACACAACCUGACACAGUCGGCACAGGACGGACUGACCCUGUGCCCCAGCCAGCCCAUGCCAUGCCACUUCCCUGAGUAUUUCUGCUACAGUGUUCUCCUGACCCUGCUGGCCUGCAGUGUGUUCCUCCACAUCAGCAGUAUAGGCAAGCUGGCCCUUAUGGUGCUGAUCCAGGUCACCUUCCUGCUGCUGGUGGAGUGGCCCCAGGUGGCCCUGUUCGACAACGCAGACCUGCUACUCACCGCCAACACCCUCUCUUUCACACCUUUGAAUGACUCUCUAGAUUGGUUUCCUAGUUUCAAUGAAACAGUUACAGAGAUGUGCCAGGAGAGUGUGACCAAGGUGUCUCUAAAGGUCAUGACCCCUGUCAUCCUGACGGUGUUCGUCCUGGCUCUGUACCUACACGCUCAGCAGGUUGAGUCCACUGCACGCCUCGACUUCCUGUGGAAGCUGCAGGCUACAGAGGAGAAAGAGGAGAUGGAGGAGCUUCAGGCCUACAACCGCCGCCUCCUCCACAACAUCCUGCCUAAAGACGUGGCCGCACACUUCCUGGCGCGGGAGCGGCGUAACGACGAGCUCUACUACCAGUCCUGUGAGUGUGUGGCCGUCAUGUUCGCCUCCAUCUCCAACUUCUCUGAGUUCUACGUGGAGCUGGAGGCCAACAACGAGGGAGUGGAGUGUCUCAGGCUACUUAACGAGAUCAUCGCCGACUUUGACGAGAUCAUCAGUGAGGACAACUUCCGUCAACUGGAAAAGAUAAAGACCAUCGGUAGUACCUACAUGGCUGCUUCUGGCCUCAACGACUCUACCUACGACCGUGAGGGACGAUCACACAUCCUGGCUCUGGCAGACUAUGCUAUGAGACUCAGGGAACAGAUGAAGUACAUCAACGAACACUCCUUCAAUAACUUCCAGAUGAAGAUAGGUCUCAACAUGGGUCCGGUGGUGGCAGGGGUGAUUGGGGCCAAGAAGCCCCAGUAUGACAUCUGGGGGAACACUGUCAACGUGGCCAGUCGUAUGGACAGCACAGGAGUCCCAGACUGCAUACAGGUGACCACGGACCUGUACCAUGUCCUGGUAAACAAAGGCUACCAGCUGGACCACAGAGGCCUGGUCAAGGUGAAGGGGAAAGGAGAGAUGACCACCUACUUCCUGACCAGCGGUCCCAAUGGUACCAAGGGGAGUUAACGGAUGGCCACGGGACUACUGCUGGCUGAUAAUACAUGAAGAGGAGAGAGAUGGAGAGGGAGAGAGAGCGGGAGAGGGGGGAGUGAGUGUGUAAGAAAAGAGAGCGAGAGGAGGGAGAGAGAGAGAUGAGAAAAAAAGGGAACAGUUCAAAGCCCUGAAGGAAAUGUGUUUGUGUGUGUGUGUGUGUGUGUGUGUGUGUGUGUGCAAUCAUGUAUUCUUAUACACACUACUUUAGGUUUGGGUCUCAAAUGGCUCCCUGUAUAGGCCUUAGGGCCCUGGUUAAAAUUAGUGCACUGUAUAGGGAAUACGGUGCCAAAUGUGACGCAAACCAGGUAUUUUGUUCUCACUUCAAGGCUUUUGACACGAAGCUACUUGAAAGAUAUAAUGAGCGAAUUAUAGUGAAGACCUAUUGCCUUAGAAGGAAAUUACUGAACAAAAGGCUAUAUUUGUUUUGUUGUGAGCUACACAACAAAUACUUCACAUCCGGAGCUAUUAUUUAUUUUUCACUGAAAUGGAUGGAUUGUUUUGUUGUCAUGAUGACCUUGUAACAAAAGCUACAUAUGUAUUAUAUGAAAUAUUCAAGGAUGAGAAGGAUGACAAUGACCAAAGAACAAAUGUUUUAUUAUAAGGGACUGAUUCUACACACAUCAACCUAUUUCUGUUUGAAAUGACUGCAGAAGGAACAACUGAAAUGACUGCGGAUCGAACAACCGCAAACCUGUUGUUGUUUUCAGCUUUUUCUUUCUUAGUCACUUUUGACAACAAGGGCCACGGAAAACAACAUCAUUGUCUUUGAUAGCGGCGAAUACAUUAUUGUUUUUGACUUUGAUAUGCUUGCUAAUACGUAAAGAGAGCUGAGAAAUCUUGUAUUUGAUUGUGCACUGUGAACGAAGACAGACCACACACACGCAGAGCAGCCUUGGACUGGAUUUCUGUGUUCCUUUCAGGGCCUCUAUUGUGUGCAGGCUAAUUCUAAUCCACAUAAGGGUGUGGUUUCUCUUUCCUAUGUAUCAUCAAUGACAUUCCCUCUCUAGAUGUAUUUUUUUUGGGUACAAGCCAAAACAGAAACUUUAGUGACGGACAAACAAACAACUGCAUCGCUACCAUGGUACCGGAGUGACUGUUUUCAUUGCUGUGAGAUGUUUUAUAUGAAAUAAGUGUGUGCGUGUGAGGCUAAGUGUAUGCUGUUCUUUAUCUUUAAAGGGGCAUCAUUUUUCACUGUGAGGUUUUUAAAGAUUCUGUAUGACAAGUGGGUUUGCUUCCCAAAUGGCACCCUAGUCCCUAUGUAGUGCACUACUUUUGUAGGGCCCUGGUCAAAAGUAGUGCACUACAUAGGGAAUAGGGUACCAUUUUAGACGCACACGUGCCAAAUUGAUGCUGCAAGGCUUACGCGUGUAGUUUUUAUAUAUUAUACUUUGGAGUUGUGUGUUCAUUCCUGAUUUUAUGUUUGUUGAUUUUAUUUAAAUCACCUUUACUUCAUGCCUUUUAUUUUACUGUGAAUAUGAUCACAAUUCCAUUCCAACCAUUAAUGUCUAAAAACCCACAAAUUGAUUUUGGAUUGUGUUUAAAGGAGGUGGUUAUCCACACACGGUGGGCCUAUAGCCUACAGUACAACAUGCACAGGAGAAUACACAAAAGUUAUCUGGUUGAACACUAGCUGUUAACUUUAAAUAAGAGGUACAUAUAAUGGCAGUAUCUGUACUCCAUAGUAUUUGACACCAUCCGAUAGUAUUGGUAUUUGGCACAUAGAUGCUCUUUACCCCCCAAAGGAGUAGUUGAAACUCAUCUUAUGAAUGUACAAAAUAUACUGUAUGUCUAUGGUGAAACUACUACUUAUUAUUAUUUUUGUGGUACAAACAUCAUCUGGCUUGUAUUGAAAGAAAUGACCAGAAAACUAGUUUUAAUGGUGCCAAUACAGGCUCCCAGAUCAGGACAGGGACGUGGAAAGAGCUACUUCUGUAUUAUGUGAAGUACUAUUGCUGUUGAAUAGAAAUGAAGGUUUAUGUCCCUUGAUCCCACUUAUCCCCCCAAUACUGAGGCUCACUGUACUGUACCAGGGAGUAGGUUACAGUAUGUAGGCCCUACCGUGGUGACUUGUGGUCUCUGGCUAUCUAUCUUUUUCCAUCGACCUAUGUCAUGUGCAUUAGGAACGGAAGAAAAUAAGUGAAACAGGGAGGUACUACAGUACCUGAACUUGUCAAAUAAGAAAUGGCUUGUUUAGGUUUUUUGUGGCAAAACGGAUUCCUACUGUGAACACGAGCCUAAUGAACACGAGCGAGCCUGCUGAUCCUGAGCAACCUGUGUGUAGGAAGGUAUGGAUCUGUGAUUGAAGUUGUUUUGUUCUCUUUUUUUUUCCUUUUUUUCAUCCUUUUCCCAUUAGUUUCUUACUGUAUUUGAGUUGAAAGGCCAACAAAAUACUGUUUGUUUGUUUUUCCAUUCCAAAAAUAACAAUAUAGCAGAAUUGAAGAAAUUAAAUGGUUUGAUUUCCCCUUAAAACGAAAUCAAUACAUUACUGUUUUGUGUUAUUGAUGAUCAUUUAUUUAUUAUAAUGUUACUAUUCAGUGUCUUCCCCUAAUCAAUGUGCAAUCUAGGCCUGUGUUUUUUUCUUGUUGUUUCAUUGCAAUGCACAUUUUAUUAAAAUAAUAAGUUGGAUACGCUA